CCCGUGCCACUCCACCCGCCGCUCGGCGGGAUGCCCGCCGGCCUGCCGGCGCAGAACAACCAGCCGGUGGAGUUCAACCACGCCAUCAACUACGUCAACAAGAUCAAGAACCGCUUCCAGGGUCAGCCCAACAUCUACAAAGCCUUCUUAGAGAUCCUGCACACGUACCAGAAGGAGCAACGCAACGCGAAAGAGGCUGGAGGAAACUACACGCCGGCCCCGACGGAGCAAGAGGUCUACGCUCAGGUUGCCCGGCUCUUCAAGAACCAAGAGGACCUGCUCUCCGAGUUUGGGCAGUUUCUCCCAGACGCCAACAGUUCAGUGCUGUUGAGCAAGACGACAGCCGAGAAGGCCGAGUCGGUACGGAACGAUCACGGCGGCACCACCAAGAAGCUGCAGCUCAACAACAAGCAGAGGCCCAACCAGAACGGCUGCCAGAUCCGCCGGCAUUCCGCUCCCGGGGCCGCGCCCCCCAUCAAGAAGAAGCCCAAGUUACUGAACUUGAAAGAUUCGUCCAUGGCCGAGGCCAGCAAGCACGGAGUCGGAACCGAGUCGCUGUUCUUUGAGAAGGGGCGCAAAGCCUUGCGGAGUGCCGAGGCCUACGAUAGCUUCUUGCGAUGUCUGGUCAUCUUCAAUCAGGAGGUGAUCUCCCGGGCCGAGCUGGUGCAGCUGGUGCUGCCCUUCCUCGGGAAAUUCCCGGAGCUGUUCACCUGGUUCAAAAACUUCCUGGGGUACCGGGAAAUGUCCCACAUGGAGGCGUACCCCAAGGAGCGGGCCACCGAGGGCAUCGCCAUGGAGAUUGACUAUGCUUCAUGCAAAAGGCUCGGCUCCAGUUACAGAGCGCUGCCCAAAAGCUACCAGCAGCCCAAAUGCACUGGGAGAACGCCACUUUGUAAAGAGGUUUUAAACGACACCUGGGUGUCCUUGCCAUCCUGGUCCGAGGACUCCACCUUUGUUAGUUCCAAAAAGACGCAGUACGAGGAGCACAUCUACAGGUGUGAGGACGAGCGCUUCGAGUUAGACGUGGUGCUGGAAACCAACCUGGCGACCAUCCGAGUUUUGGAGUCCGUGCAGCGGAAGAUCUCGCGGAUGUCUGCGGAGGAGCAGGCCAAAUUCCGCUUGGACAACACAUUGGGCGGCUCCUCCGAGGUGGUGCACCGAAAAGCCAUCCAGAGGAUAUACAGCGAUAAAGCCCCGGACAUUAUCGACGGCCUGAGGAAGAACCCGGCCAUUUCCGUCCCCAUUGUUUUAAAGAGGUUAAAGACCAAGGAGGAGGAGUGGCGGGAAGCCCAGCGAAGUUUUAAUAAGAUCUGGCGGGAGCAGAAUGAGAAGUAUUACCUCAAGUCUCUGGACCAUCAGGGCAUUAACUUCAAGCAGAACGACACCAAAGUGCUGCGCUCCAAGUCCCUGCUCAACGAAAUCGAAAGCAUCUACGAUGAACGCCAAGAGCAGGCUUCCGAGGAGAACGCCAGCCCGCCGGCGGGCCCCCACCUGACCCGGGCAUAUGAGGACCGGCAGAUCCUGGAGGAUGCGGCGGCCCUCAUUAUCCACCACGUCAAACGCCAGACUGGCAUUCAGAAAGAAGACAAGUACAAGAUCAAGCAGAUCAUGUACCACUUUGUCCCCGACUUGCUGUUUGCCCAGCGCGGCGAGCUCUCCGAUGUGGAGGAGGAAGAAGAGGAAGAGGACGUGGAGAUGGAUAUCGAGGAGGGUGUCCCCUCCAAGAAGCAUAACGGCAUCCCCGGCGGCGGUGGCGCCAGCCCCACUAAAUCCAAGCUGCUGUUCAGUAACACGGCGGCCCAGAAGCUUCGCGGCUGCGACGACGCCUACAACCUCUUCUACGUCAACAACAACUGGUAUAUCUUCCUGCGGUUGCACCACACGCUAUGCUCGCGACUCCUCCGCCUCUACUGGCAGGCCGAGCGACAGAUUGAGGAGGAUGUGCGUGAACGAGAAUGGGAGCGGGAGGUGCUGGGACUCAAGAAGGAGAAGAACGACAACCCGGCCAUCCAGCUGCGACUCAAGGAGCCCAUGGACAUCGACGUGGAGGUCUACUACUCGGCCUUCUUGGAGAUGGUUCGCAACCUGCUUGACGGCAACAUGGAGGCGUCGCAGUACGAGGACUCGCUGAGGGACAUGUUCACCAUUCACGCCUACAUCGCCUUCACCAUGGACAAGCUCAUCCAGAGCAUCGUCCGGCAGCUCCAGCACAUCGUGAGCGACGAGAUCUGCGUCCAGGUGACGGACCUCUACUUGGCCGAGAGCGCAAACGGAGCCUGCGGGGGGUCCAUGGCCACGCUGUCUUCCCGGUGCUCCUCGGAGAGCGCCUACCAGCGCAAAGCGGAACAGCUCAUGUCGGAUGAGAACUGCUUCAAGGUGAUGUUUGUAAGGAACAGAGGCCUGGUGCAGCUGACGUUGGAGCUGCUCGACACUGAGGAGGAGAACUCUGACGAGCCCCUCGAGGCAGAGCGGUGGUCCGAUUACGUCGGACGUUACUUGAACCCGGACACCACCACGCCCGAGUUGAGGGAACAUCUGGCCCAGAAACCCGUCUUUCUCCCCAGGAAUCUGCGGCGGAUCCGCAAGCACCAGAAGUGUCGUGAGCAGCUGGACAAAGAGGCCGGCGAGGGAGGCAAAAAACCGCUGGACAAGGAGAAGAUGGAGUGCAUGUUCAAGCUCAACUCCUACAAAAUGGUCUACGUCUUCAAGUCGGAGGACUACAUGUAUCGGCGCACCGCGCUGAUGCGAGCGCACCAGUCCCACGAGCGUGUGAGCACCCGCCUCCACAAGCGCUUCCAGGCGUGGUUGGCGGCAUGGGCCGAGGAGCACGUCGGCGCCGACCUGGCCGCCGACACCGACAAGUGGCUGCUGGGCGAGGGCCGCGACGGACUUUUGCCCUGCAGCACCGCGCGCCAUCCCGAAGUCCUCCACUUCCGCAACGUCAGCAAAUACCGCGUCAAGUACAGCCCCUAGCGACCGGCUCCGGGUCAGGAAGCAAUUUGGUUUUAAGGCGAAAUGUGUACGCGCGUGUGUGUGUGUGUGUGCGCGCGCGCGCGCAUUGGUGUUGCUCCAGUGGUGGCGGGGUUACCGCUUUUUACCAGCGUUUUUAGCUGGGGAACACACAACCCCUCCCCCUCGCCACCUCCUUCAAGGGUGCCAAAACUCGGGAAUGGUCUCGUCCCGCUCACCAGCACUCACCAAGUGAACCUCGCUUUUUUUUUCUACAAUAAAUGCCGCUUUACCAUUCCACCGUCCACACAAUCCCAACACGGAGGGGUGGGGCCGGGAGGGGGUUGUGAUUUAUUUAAGCCAGCCUGGACAUGCUCGACAAGUGCACUUAUUCAGGGGGGGAAAAAAAAAACAGCAACGGCUUCCCAGAUUUUUGGAUGGAGACGAACGCCCAAGCGCGACUCGCUUCCUGUUCCGGGCUGAGCCUCCCGAAGAAUGUCGUCAGGCGCCACAGUUUUAGCACGUCGCCUCACAACAUUGUUUGGACUCAAGAGUGCACCAUUGUAAAGCUAUUUGUUGUACAUAUAUACAUAUAUAAUAUAUAUUAUAUAUAGUUCUAUUAACAUACAUCAUCCUCGCCGCCCUGGAAGAUAAUACCUAGAAAAAAAAGCCCACCACCAAUCUUCACACACCUUGUAAAUACAAUGUAAAUAGUCUGAGACUUUUUAAGACCACGGCGUGUUGUUGUGUUAGUAGAGCUUUCCGAGCUAACUGUUAGAAUGUAAAGGACCGGGGGGAGAAAAAAAAACAAGCCAAGAAAGAGAGACAAGAACGACAAAAUUUCUUACAGUUUUUACCAAAGGGACUUGACGAUACAAAUGAGCUGAUUUUGUCCCACCUUACCUUGCACAGCAACCCCCCAGGGACCCUUUCUCUUUGUGUGUUCUUUUAUGUCUUUUCUUCUUUUUAAUUUACAUAGUUAAAAAAAGGAAAAGUAGAAAUGUAUCCAGGUUUUUCUGUUUUUAUAAAUGACAAAUAUAUUUUCUUCUCAAUUCACCAGAAAACAAAAAGACAAAAACACUGCAACCCCCCCCCCCCCCCCCCCAACAGUAUCCGCUCUCUCCACCCUGGAUAGGUUUCUGCUGCCCCCCUCAACCCCUCGCCUCCAAGUUGUAUUUUUGAUAUUGGAAAAGUGAAAUGAGCAUGUCUUUCGUCCGUUUAUUUAGACAUUAUUUAAAGUAAUAAUAAAAAACACAUUUGUAGCCUACAGUGA